UCUUCCCUGAACCGAACAGUGCUGAUGGCGAGAAAGUAAAUUGCCCGCAACAGACGAUAAACGCCAGAAAAUAAUUUUUGCCAAUAUCUUCCUAUCAACAUUGAGAAGGCUAAUGGGCCGCCAAUUCUCAAUUCUCGAGGAAUCCUUACCCUUUGACAGAAGAAUCACUGCAGAUUGUCCCAUGGAGGGAGAGAGCGAACCCUCUCUCAGACAGCCAUUAAACACCUCCACCAAAUAUGGGGCCAGAGUCACCUUAAAGUGCUUAUAAAACUCGGCUGUCAAUCCGUCUGGCCCAGGCGACUUCUUCAUGGCAAGCUGAUCAAUAGCUUUCACCACCUCAUCUGC